UGGGUCACCAGGCAUCAGGUCAUUUGGCUUGCCAGCGAGCACCGCGUCAUCUGGCAAGGCAGUGGGCACCGGGUCACCAGGCAUUGGAUCGUCUGGCUCGACAGCAGGCAUCGGGUCACCAGGUAUGACAGCGGGCACUGGGUCACCAGGCAUCAGGUCAUUUGGCUCGCCAGCGGGCACCGCGUCAUCUGGCAAGGCAGUGGGCACCGAGUCACCAGGUACCAGAUCAUCUGGAUCAACAGCGGGCAUCGAGUCAACUGGCCUAAUAGGAUCAUCAGGCUGGAUCAGUUCAUCAUGCUGUGUAGAGGCAUCAGGGCUGAGUGGAGGCAUCGGGCUGAGUGGAGGCAUCGGGCUGAGUGGAGGCAUCGGCUGAAGACAGGCAUCGGGCUGAAGACAGGCAUCAGGCUGAAGACAGGCAUCAGGCUGGGUACAGACCUCAGGCUGAAGUGCGGGUGCCGAGGCACCAGGCUGAACCACGGAAGGCAGGUUCUCAGACGGCAGGCUCACCGGUUUGGAUACUGG